UUUUCAUGGAAAGUAAUAGAGGCAGCCUUGAAUUCUGUAGCCUAUUCAUGAGCUUUACUGGGUUUUAUUUUCAACAUAUAAAGAUUGGCUAAAAACAUAUUAGAGCUUUUAGAGGACUGCAUCUUAAGCACCAUUGUUGAUACUGUUUGUUACAACAACAACAAAACGGAAUAUCUUCUUUGAGGAGGCUGCUGGAUGAGUGGUCACCAUGUCUCCCUUCUUACGCAUCGCCUUUAAUGCGUUUGAUGUGGGCGUCUUGCCACCCCUGACUGACGCUCCCUUCUGUGCAAUUAAGAUGAAGGAGUCCCUCAGCACUGAGCGGGGGAAGACCCUAGUCCAGAGGAAACCCACUAUGUACCCUGCCUGGAAGUCCACUUUCGAUGCCCACAUCUACGAGGGCCGUGUCCUCCAAGUGGUUCUGAUGAAGACCGCAGAGGAGCCAUUGGCCGAGGCCACGGUGGGCGUGUCCGUACUGGCUGAGCGCUGUAAGAAGGGCAACGGCUGUGCUGAAUUCUGGGUAGACCUGCAGCCUUCUGGGAAGGUUCAGAUGGUCGUCCAGUUCUUUGUGGAGGACACAGACACAGCAGUGUUUAAGUCGAACGUGAAGGGGCGUGAAGAGGAGGAUGGGGCGAUGACACUGACCCGAAGGAGAGGAGCCAUGAAACAGGCCAAGGUCCAUUUCAUCAAGAACCAUGAGUUCACAGCCACUUUCUUCGGACAGCCCACCUUCUGCUCUGUCUGCCGGGAGUUUGUCUGGGGAUUCAACAAGCAAGGCUACAAGUGCAGACAAUGCAACGCCGCCAUCCACAAGAAAUGUAUUGACAAAAUCAUCGGGAGGUGCACAGGAACAGCAGCCAACAGCAGAGAGACUAUGUUCCAGAAGGAGCGUUUUAAGAUCGACAUGCCACAUCGCUUUAAGAUCCACAACUACAUGAGCCCUACCUUCUGUGACCACUGUGGCAGUAUGCUCUGGGGAAUGGUCAAGCAGGGCCUCAAGUGUGAAGACUGUGGCAUGAACUCCCAUCACAAAUGUGAGAAGAAAGUGGGAAAUCUCUGUGGAAUCAACCAGAAACUCCUGGCUGAGGCCCUCAACCAAGUUAGCCAAAAAUCCACAAGACGGUCUGAAUCUAACAACUCUGAGACAACGGACAUUGGAAUCUACCAGGACUUCAACAAAAGCCCAGGAGCGGACACUAGUGGAGGCUAUGAGAAGCUGUGGGAGGGAGGUAAGGGCCCUGCCCCAGCCAGCAUCACCCCCAAGACCCGCCUCACCAUUGACAGCUUUGUGUUCCACAAGGUGCUGGGCAAGGGCAGCUUUGGCAAGGUCCUGCUGGCUGAGCUGAGGGGGCGAGGACAGUACUUUGCUGUGAAGGCCCUGAAGAAAGAUGUGGUUCUGAUGGAUGAUGAUGUGGAGUGUACCAUGGUGGAGAAGAGAGUCCUGGCCCUGGCCUGGGACAACCCCUUCCUCACACACCUCUACUCCACCUUCCAGACCAGGGAACACCUGUUUUUCGUGAUGGAGUACCUGAAUGGAGGAGACCUGAUGUUCCACAUACAGGAUAAGGGUCGCUUUGACCUCUACAGAGCCACGUUCUACUCAGCAGAGAUCAUAAUUGGACUGCAGUUUCUCCACUCAAAAGGAAUCAUUUACAGGGACCUGAAGCUGGACAAUGUGAUGCUGGACAGAGACGGCCACAUUAAGAUCGCUGACUUUGGGAUGUGCAAGGAGAACGUGUUUGGAGAGAAUCGGGCCACUACUUUCUGUGGGACGCCAGACUACAUCGCACCAGAGAUUCUGCUGGGACAGAAGUACACCUUCUCCGUGGACUGGUGGUCGUUUGGGGUACUGGUGUAUGAGAUGCUGAUUGGCCAGUCGCCGUUCCAGGGUGAUGACGAGGAUGAGCUGUUUGAGUCCAUUAGGAUGGACGUGCCUCACUACCCUCGCUGGAUCACCAAGGAGGCUAAGGACCUAUUGGAGAAGCUGUUUGAAAGAGACCCCAGUCGCAGGCUAGGUGUGGUGGACAACAUCCGCGGCCACUCCUUCUUCAAGACCCUCAACUGGCCUGCCCUGGAGAAGAGAGAGGUGGACCCCCCCUUCAAACCUAAAGUGAAAGGCCCCAAUGACUGCAACAACUUUGACCGGGAGUUCCUGAGUGAGAAGCCCCGCCUCUCCCACACGGACAAGAACCUAAUCGACUCUAUGGACCAGACAGCCUUUGCAGGCUUCUCUUUCAUCAACCUCAAGAUGGAACACAUUAUGGACAAAUGAAGGCACAACAAGAUUCCCCAUCUCUUUGUUUCAACCGCACCAUUAUAAACGCAUAGGAAAGGGAGGAGGGGGAAACCAGUGUUGCAUUUAUCUCUGUGGUGGUUCCUUCAAUAAUGGUGUCUUUCUUUUCCUUGGGAUCAAACCUUGAAUUAAUCCAUGUACUGUACUUUAUCUCCCACCAUACAUCAACACACUCAUUUAGACACACCCCAUAGUUCAGUUGUUUAGUAUUGUCCAUGCUGGGAUGUCAGGGGUCAAAUGUGACUCGCUCACACACCCGUGUGCUCUGCCUACUGUAUGUCACUCUUUCCCGUCCCAUCAUUCACAUCAUUGUUUUGUGUGUGUGUUUUUACUGUCCUUGUGGGUACCAGAAGUCCUCACAAGGAUAGUAAAACAAGGAUAAUUCAGGCAAGUGAGGACAUUUUGCUGGUCUUCACAAGGAAAAAUGCUAUUUUAGACUUAGGGAUUAGGGUUAUAAUUAAGGUUGGGGCUAGGGGUUACGGUUAGGUAUAUUUUGGGGUUAAGGUUAAAUUUAGGGGUUAGGGAAAAUAAGAUUUUGGGUGGCAAUCAAGUUUUUGGCCCCCACAAGGAUAGCAAUAUAAAAGUGUGGGCAUGCAUGCAUGCAUGAAUAUGUCUGAGUGACAGCAUGAAUCUCCAGUAUAUUUUAAAUGUUUUAUAAUGAAAAGAACGUUGACUUUUUCAGGUGCGAAUUCAGUACCCUGUGGAAGGUACAAUUAAUUCAAUUGAAAAGGUGAUACAAAACAAAUGAUAGAACACCAAAGUUACAGGACCAGUAGAGGAUGCACAGGUUUAUACAGGCAUGGAUAGUCUCUCACCUUUGUCUGCCCAUCCACAUGAUAUAAAACUAAGGAUUUGUAAAUGGUACUGCAGCUUCCCCACUCUCCGGAACAAACCAGAGCUACUCUGAUCAAACCACAGCUACUCUGAUUCAGAUCUGCGUUACAGUAGUGUGAAAUGGAGUGGGACAUCAUACUGGAAGGAGUCAAUGUAAUGGUACUCUGCAGUCAUUCGUCUUGAAGGUUAUGGGUGUGUGUUGGGGUAGGAUUCCUUUAGAAAAAGGAUGGAUAAAUUGGGUCUUGUGUUACUUGAAUGUAGCUAUUUUAAAAAGCAAAUAAUAAUAAUAAUAUGCUGUACGUUAAAUUAAAAUGAUAUGUGCAUUGCCUUCGGAAAGUA